GUCCAAGGUGCCGCACCUUCGAGAGGUGCAUGGCAUUCACACCCAGGCGAACCCAGAGGUGCAAGAGGUGGAGAAUGUUUGUAUCUCCUUGAUGCUGCUGGGUUGCGUGGGUUUCAUGAUGGCCACGUUCUAUCUGGUGAAUUGGCCAGACGAUGACAUUCAGAAGAUCACGUGGGAAAUCAUUAGCACCACCACUAGCAUUUUCGGGGCCUUGCUGUUGUUCCAGGGCUGCGAUCGCGUGGUACACUACUAUUUCCUGGAUCACGUCGCUACGUGGUAUCAGCUGGCAGUGAACAUGCUGCACAUGAUGUUGUGGUUUUGUGUGCUGCAACUCGUAUUGGCGUACUACUCUGGAGCGGUGGGGCAGCAGAAGGUUCCAGCUGACAGGCGUGCAGCUCUGUCGGAGGCUGCAAGUUGCGAUAGCCACCUGCGACCGCUGCACCUGGAACGUGCGGAAAGGCACUUGCACCAGAUCCGGUUGAAUACUCACGCUUGGGCUGUUCUCAUGGGGCACAUCACCGGCUUCGCGGCAGUGAAUGCAUGGAGCAGCUUACAACAGGCGCUGCCCAGGCUUUGGUGCCCUGUGGUUCCCGUUCUUGCUUAUAUCAGCAUUUCUGUCGUCUAUGACACCACCGCACGCUGGCGCUAUGAGCGGACCAUGGCAGACGGCGAAGAAGAUGAGUACGAGGUGAUUUGGGGCGAGUGCGUAGCAGAGACGGAGGAUGAAGUGAUCUCUUUGUCCGUGUCAUUCCUGCUCGUGCAAGUGCUCCGCCUGUGCAUCACGGGAAAGUUGCCGGGCCCCGGCGGCGAGGAGCCCGAGGGCUCCUGGCAUUCGAGGGGAUCCUGUGUCUUGCUUCUCUUGAUGGGCCUCGUCCUGGGUGUCGCCGAGCUGGUGAGGCUGGCGCACGCCAGGGCCAAGCAGUUCCAGCGCGGCGUGAGUGGCGACGAGGAGACGAAAUGUCGAAGCGGGAACUGGUACGAGAAGAUUUCAGCCAUGAGCUUCGCCUGGUGCGUACACAUCUCGGUCGACUGGUGGGUGGCCUCCGGCCUUCAAAUUGAUCACUCCAUGAAGGCCGUGGUGUCGGCCCUCUCCGGGACCUGCAUUGCCUUUAUGCUGAUCUUUGGCCUCGACAAGGUCGCGGACAUGAACGCGCACGAUGCAGAAGUGGACAACGCCCUCCGCACCAUCAUCUCAGCUUUAGGAUUGCUGGUGGGGAUCUCCUGGGAACGUUGCUUCGACGCUGCCGUCGGAGGAGUGGCCAAGGAGCACGUGGGCCAUCUGCCGCCGCCCGUAACGAAUCUCCUCCUGGCAAUCUUGCUGGCUGCGAUGGUGCUUCCUGCCUGGAAGUGGUACAUUCACCCGAAGCUCCUUCAGGAGAGCGAGAAGGACGAGAAAGAUGGGAAGGAGAAGGGCUCCCCGGCCGACUUGGGGGACACGACCCGGCUCUUUGGCAGGCUGGGGGAGUCGCAUCCAGCUCUGCACAAAGCGGUCCCGGUGGAGCAAUGCUGGAAAGAACCGCCGUCCUGCAGCCCUGCGCACCUUCAGGAAAAUCCUGAAAGGAGUCUUUUUGAGAAGGAGCAUCUGUCGGCUUCCGCUUCCGGCAAUGACUUGUGCACAGAAGGCCCCGACAACCUUGAGAAGUCACGGGAAGGUGAGGGUGUUGCAGCCCCUGCAGACGUCGGUUCAGAGGCAAGAGACCUUGGCGGCCUUCGUGUGGACACCCCGACGCCCGCCUGCGCAGUCGAGCCCAUGGCCUCGAGUGAACGCCCGGGAAAGGAAAUCCAGGCGCUCAUUCCAGAUGACUUGGAUGACUUGGAUGUGAUAUCCUUGGGCAUGCCCAAUCGUCUUUGUUCCACUCCUGACUUCCAGAAGUACAAAUCCACGCUGGUCUCGAUCUAA